GAUUUUUCACUCUCUCUCUCUCUCUGCUUAAGGGUUUUGCUCUCCCGCCCUCUGCCCCUCGAGAGAUCGAGAGACAGAGAGGAGCCCGAGGCUCGAGCGAGACUCCAUGGCUUCCGCCACUUCCCCUCCUCCGUCCUCCUCCUCCUCCUCCUCCAUCCCCUACGACGUCCCUUGGGUCGAGAAGUACCGUCCUGCCAAGGUCUCUGACAUUGUCGGCAACAACGACGCCAUCUCCCGCCUCGAGGUCAUCGCUCGCGACGGUAACAUGCCCAAUCUCAUCCUCUCGGGGCCUCCUGGUACCGGGAAGACCACGAGCAUCCUUGCUCUUGCGCACGAGUUGCUGGGACCUAAUUACCGUGAGGCCGUCCUCGAGCUGAACGCGUCCGAUGACAGGGGCAUCGAUGUUGUCAGGAACAAGAUCAAGAUGUUUGCUCAGAAGAAAGUGACACUGACCCCUGGUCGCCACAAGAUUGUAAGUUUGGAUGAGGCUGAUAGUAUGACUUCUGGGGCUCAACAAGCACUGAGAAGAACGAUGGAGAUUUAUUCAAAUACCACCAGGUUUGCUCUUGCCUGCAACACUUCGUCUAAGAUAAUUGAGCCAAUUCAGAGCAGAUGCGCGCUUGUUCGCUUUACAAGAUUGUCAGAGCAAGAGAUUCUUGGCCGUCUUAUGGUGGUUGUGGAGGCAGAAAAAGUACCUUAUGUACCCGAAGGCCUCGAAGCCAUUAUAUUUACUGCUGAUGGUGAUAUGCGGCAAGCUUUGAACAAUUUACAAGCUACUUUCAGUGGAUUUCGUUUUGUUAAUCAAGAUAAUGUGUUCAAGGUUUGUGAUCAGCCCCAUCCAUUGCACGUAAAGAAUAUGGUUCGCAAUGUGCUUGAAGGGAAUUUUGAUGAUGCAUGUUCUGGCUUGAAACAACUCUAUGAUCUGGGUUACUCCCCCACUGACAUCAUAACCACCCUCUUCCGUGUGGUCAAGAAUUAUGAUAUGGCUGAAUAUUUAAAGCUGGAAUUUCUCAAGGAGACAGGAUUUGCUCAUAUGAGAAUCUGUGAUGGAGUAGGUUCCUACCUUCAGCUCUCAGGUCUUCUGGCAAAGUUUGCGCUGGCUAGGGAAACUGCAAAAGCUCCAUAGAUGUGUAUUCUCGUCGUCUGUCUUUGAACUGAAAAUCUAUAUUCAUGAAGUAGCUAGUUCGAUGAUGAGACAGAUGGAAGUUAUGCAAACUAAUACACCGGUAUGCAUAUGAAUUUAGUUCCAACUUUUGGUUAUAUUAGGUUCAGUUAAUUUGUUUCU